AAAAAAAAACACUUAAUUUUGUGUCUUCUUCCUCCAGACACUUGUCUAUUUAUUUCUCUCCCACUAUUCUAUUGUAAAUCAUACGAAAACAGAAACUAAUGGACACCAAGAUAGGAUCUCUUGACACUUGCAAACCAACAAGCGACGACAUGAUCAACCCAACUAACGCCACCGUAUCAACCAUCCAAAACUCACUCUCAUCCACCAUUAUCAACCCAUCCCAGUCAACAUUGGGUCGCCACCUCGCUCGCCGACUCGUCCAAAUCGGUGUCACUGACGUUUUCUCUGUCCCUGGUGACUUCAAUCUCACCCUCCUUGAUCACUUGAUCGCCGAGCCUGGGCUCAACCUUAUCGGUUGCUGUAACGAGCUCAACGCGGGCUAUGCUGCUGAUGGAUACGCACGGUCGCGUGGUGUUGGCGCGUGUGUUGUCACGUUCACUGUUGGUGGACUCAGUGUGCUCAAUGCUAUUGCUGGUGCUAAUAGUGAGAAUUUGCCUGUCAUAUGCAUUGUUGGUGGGCCCAACUCGAAUGAUUAUGGGACUAACAGGAUUUUACACCAUACCAUUGGCUUGCCUGAUUUUAGCCAGGAACUAAGAUGUUUCAAGACCGUUACUUGCUAUCAGGCUGUGGUGAAUAACUUGGAGGACGCACAUGAGCAGAUAGAUACUGCUAUUUCAACUGCUUUGAAAGAAAACAAGCCUGUUUACAUCAGUGUUAGCUGUAAUUUGUCAGCAAUCCCUCAUCCUGGUUUUAGUCGCGAGCCAGUUCCAUUUUCGCUCUCCCCCAAAAUGAGUAAUGAAUUGGGCUUAGAGGCUGCAGUGGAAGCGGCUGCCGAGUUCUUGAACAAGGCAGUGAAACCUGUUUUGGUGGGUGGCCCUAAACUAAGACCUGCACAUGCAAGUGAGGCAUUUGUGGAGUUAGCUGAUGCAUGUGGUUAUGCGCUCGCUAUUAUGCCAUCGGCUAAGGGACUUGUGCCAGAGCAUCAUCCACAUUUCGUUGGGACUUAUUGGGGUGCAGUGAGCUCUGCAUUCUGUGCUGAGAUUGUGGAGUCCGCGGAUGCUUACUUGUUUGCUGGACCUAUUUUCAAUGAUUAUAGCUCCGUCGGGUAUUCUCUUCUUCUCAAGAAGGAGAAGGCGAUUAUCGUGCAGCCUGAUCGUGUGGUGAUUGCAAAUGGACCUGCAUUUGGCUGUGUUCUGAUGAAAGAUUUCUUCGUGGCUCUUGCGAAGAAGAUCAAGCCCAACACUACUGCUUAUGAUAAUUACCGAAGAAUAUUUGUUCCUGAGGGGGAACCAUUGAGAAAUGCACCCGAAGAACCUUUGAGGGUUAAUGUUCUGUUCCAACAUAUACAGAAGAUGCUGUCUAGUGAAACUGCUGUGAUUGCUGAGACUGGAGACUCGUGGUUUAACUGCCAGAAGCUGAAAUUGCCAAGGGGAUGCGGGUAUGAGUUCCAAAUGCAGUAUGGAUCUAUUGGUUGGUCAGUUGGUGCUACUCUUGGGUAUGCUCAGGCUGUGCCAGAGAAGCGGGUGAUUGCUUGCAUAGGUGAUGGUAGCUUUCAGGUAACUGCUCAAGAUGUCUCUACGAUGCUACGAUGUAGACAGAAGACCAUCAUCUUCCUCAUCAACAAUGGUGGAUACACAAUUGAAGUCGAGAUCCACGACGGUCCUUAUAAUGUGAUUAAGAACUGGAACUACACUAGCUUGGUUGAUGCCAUCCACAAUGGUGAAGGCAAGUGCUGGACAGCCAAGGUAUUCUGUGAGGAAGAGCUGGUUGAAGCGAUUGAGACAGCAACAGGACCGGAGAAGGAUAGCUUGUGCUUCAUUGAGGUUAUUGUUCACAAAGAUGAUACCAGUAAAGAACUGUUGGAAUGGGGCUCUAGGGUCUCUGCUGCCAAUAGCCGUCAACCAAACCCUCAGUAGACUUUGAACCUGUUUGGGAAUCAACCAAUUCCCAAACGAAGCCUUCAGCUGCGUUGGCAAAAAUGUGAUGCUAUGGCAUGUUGUUUAUUGUUUCCUUGAGUACAAGAGUUUGUGAUCUUUAUCUACUCUGUUGAUUUCGGUUUUUAUUCUCUUUCAAUUUGACUGUCUAUUACAGAAUCUAAAGCCUCAUUUCUAUUUAAUGUUUUCCUUUUGACAA